AUGACGGACCGCACAUCCGUGGAUGUAGAGGCUGCUCCGCGCAUCCAAUUGGCAAAGAAGUCCAUGUGGAAGUCGAUUCUGGAGAAUCCCAAAGUCCUCUUCAUCGCUUUCUUCGCCUCGUUUGGCGGCUUCGAAUAUGGCUACCAGCAAGGCGUCUUGGGCCAAUCCCUCGUGAUGACCCGCUUCACUGCAAACUUCCCAUCGGUCGUCGCCUCGUCCACCGCAACAGGCUGGCUCACCUCCGUGCUGCAGCUGGGAGGAAUCGUGGGAUCCCUCGUAGCAGGCAUCCUGGGCGAGAUCAUCUCGCGCAAGUACACCAUGUUCAUCGCGUGCUGCUGGGUGAUCCUCGGCAGUUAUUUGUACAUUGGCGCCACAGCUGGAAACCCCUCCCUCCUGUACGCAGGACGGCUUUUCACGGGCCUGGGUGUGGGCCUUUUCAGCGGCGUUGGCCCUCUCUACAACGCAGAACUGGCUGCCCCCGAGAUGCGCGGCCUGCUGGUCUCGUUCUACCAGUUUGCCACGAUCCUGGGUAUCAUGCUGUCGUUUUGGGUUGGGUACGGCAGCAACUAUAUCGGCGGGACUGGCGACACGCAGUCUGAUCUUGCGUGGCGGUUACCCUCCAUCAUCCAGGGUCUACCGGCUGCAGCACUGGCGUGCGGGAUCUGGUUCAUGCCUUUCUCGCCGCGCUGGCUUGUCAAGAAGGGCCGUGAACAGGAAGCUCAGGCUACGUUGGCAUGGAUGCGGAAGGUUCCGGUUGAGCAUGAGAUGGUUCAGGUCGAGUACCUUGAGAUCAAGGCUGAGGCUGUCUUUGAGGAACGCGCGUUCGCGAAGGCGUCGCCAAAGCUUGCGGAGCGUGAGAAGAGCAGUAUCGUGAUGAACCAGAUCGCGCAGUAUGCCAAUUGCUUUCGGUCCAUGGACAACUUCAAGCGCGUGUCCACGGCGUGGCUGGUUAUGUUCUUUCAGCAGUGGAGUGGUAUUGAUGCGAUUAUCUACUAUGCGUCCAAUGUCUUUGUUAGUCUUGGGCUGACUGGCGGUACCAUCGCUCUCUUGGCAACUGGCGUUACCGGCGUGGUAUUUAUCAUAAGCACUGUGCCAGGGAUGUUGGUCAUCGACAGAGUCGGCCGCAAGCCCAUGCUCCUGGGCGGAUCGCUGGUGAUGUUCGCCAGCAUGGUCAUCGUGGGCGUGAUCGUGGCGAAAUUCCAGCACGACUGGCCGUCGCAUGUGGCGGCCGGUUGGACCGCCGUUGCGCUCAUCUGGCUCUACAUCGCCAGCUUCGGGGCCACCUGGGGCCCCGUCUCCUGGACCCUCGUCUCCGAGAUCUUCCCCCUGUCCAUCCGCGCCAAAGGCGCCUCGAUCGGUGCGUCCAGCAACUGGAUCAACAACUUUGCCAUUGCCUUCUUCGUGCCGCCGAUGCUGCAGGCCUGGGAGUGGGGCACGUAUAUCUUCUUUGCGGGUUUCUUGCUCAUUGGCAUUUGCUGGGUUUGGUAUUUCUUGCCUGAGACCAAGAAUGCUACUCUUGAGGAGAUGGACCGCAUCUUUAAGAGUAAGGCUGGCGAGCAGGAUGCGGAGCUUCUACGGGAAGCGCAGCGUGAUGUGGGAUUGACUUCGUUUGUUGAGCGUAUGGGGGUGGCGACGGCGCGGUUGGAUGUGAAGGAGGAGAAGGACAAAAACCCUCUUAAAUACAACAUCCUAAUAUUGAACUCCCCAUUCUCCAUCCCCUCGGCUCGACUGUCCCCAUCGGUGAUUUCAUGCCCCACAGACCCGCAUCGCACGGUUGGGAUCGGCCACCUCCGGACAAGCGCCGAACCCAACACAUUUCGGGGAUGCCGGAGCCUCCGCAUUUUGUUUUUGGAUUUCUUCACAUAUCGCGCGGGUGGCUAUAUCUCCAGAUUCUACGAUGCCCCGGAAGCCCACGCCAGCGGGCAAGCAGCGAGUGAGGACGGGCUGUUUAACGUGUCGCAAAAGGCGCAGGAAAUGUGUGCCUACCCGUUGUGCGAUGAGAAAAAGCCGCGCUGUGCCAACUGCGAGGUCAAAGGCUUUGUCUGUAAAUAUAAAUCGGACUUGGCUUUUGUGCCGCCCAAGUCGGGGCAGACGGGCGGGUCGGGACAGGCGUAUGGAGCUAUCACGUUCGUGGAUGACUCGCCCCUGGUGUCCGAAGGGAGAAAGAGCAUAGUUCAUCCUCAGAGCAAUACACCGGCGCCUCCGGACACCCUAAAUGCACCAGAUACACCUCCUCCAUCGAGUACCCGAGACUCUCGGCGUGCUGUCGAAGUGCAGGAUCUGCUCAUCUCGAAUGCGCCAUCCGUGUACUCUCCUGAGCCACCAAUUUUACAAUCUGCACCGAGCUUGCUUCUCAACGGCAGCGGAGCAACCCCAGAGAACAACUACCUGAACAGCCCUUCCUACAGGGAAUUUCCAAAAUUAAUUUCUAGUGACCAGACAUCUACACGGCGACUUACUACUGCAACCGCCAACCAGGAAACAGAUCUGUUGCGCCAUUUCCGCUAUUGCGUCGCGCCCUGGAUUGAUGUCGGGGACCCAGACUGCGCACUGGGAAUUAAGACCCUUCUUCUCUGCCGCACGAAUCGGCCUCUACAAGCUGCUGUCCUCGCUUUGGCCGCGGGCCACAGAUCCCUUCUUUCUCUAUGCCCGGACACCAAAGAUCUAGAUAACAGCUCUAAAUUUCGGGACAAAGCGGAACGAGCUCUGCCAUCUGAGCCUGAACUCGCUAGAGGGAUUGGACAGGCACUUUUGAUGCUGCAAGAACUCUUGCCUUGCGGACCACAAAGCUGGCGGGCUCUUCUGUCGCAUCAGAUGGAUAUGGUUGGUGGCGUACCAUCAGUGGCUAUGAGCGAGGAGCUGAGUGAAGCGCUGUUCUGGCUCUACUUUCGGAUUGAUCUGGCAGCCUCCAUUGUCACAUCGCAAGCACCACUCAUUCCCUUCGGAUCAUUUCUCCAACGUGACGGUUCAUACACCCAAUCCUCACGGAUCCCAACCCAAUCCCAGUCCGUGAACUGCAUCUACAAAAAGUCCCUCUGUCUUCUCGGCCACUGUCUAGCCCUAAUCCACGGCGACCCAGAAGCCCCCUCCCCACAAACAACGACUACAUCUCCCGAACUGGCCGCAUAUCCCUCAUUGCGCCAAUCCCACUUCCUAUCCCAGUGGACAAUUCUCUGGACCGAAUGCCAGAAAUGGUACAACGACCGCCCUGUAGACGGACAACAGAUCGUCGACAUCCGCGGCGGCGAAGCCGACACCAUCGACCCAGAGCACGACUCGUCAUUUCCAAUCCUGAUUUUCACGACGCCCAUGGCGCUGGUCGCCAACGUCGUUUACCACAUUACCUCGCUCUUGUUGCUGACUCAUAAACCGCGCCUGCUGAAGUCGUUGCCGGGGCCGCGAUGCUUCACCUCGCAUAUCUGGCAUGCGCAGGCGAUUGCGGGGAUCGCGGCGAGUAACGACACGCCUGAGCAAUGGGAUCCGAUCUUCGUUGCUGGGCUGCUGGCUAUUGCGCGCGAGAUGACGCAUGAGUCGCAGCAAGCUGUGGUAUUGGAUUUGCUGCGCAGGGUCACGGCGAUGACAGGGAUGAAGUUGGAUGGUGAGACUCAAGAAUUGCGCGAUACGUGGAAUGUGGCUCGAUGUGAUGAUGAAGAAGAAGGAGAAGGGAAUGAAGAUUCUAUUCUUUCUUGA